GCCAGUAGUGGAGAAAACAUUAACUUUUGUUCGGAAAAGUGAAACAAAAUUAAAGUGAAAAAAAAAAUAUAAAAAAAAAAUAAAAAAUGUUUAGUGCGCGGAAACUAAAAAAAGUUUGGAAUCCAAUUUAAUACAAAUUUAUCUACAAUUAUUUAACUAAUUCAAUAAUUGUUUAGUUGAGUUAAAUAACUACCUAAAUUGUGUUUCGUUUAUUUUAAGUGUCACAUUUGUUGAAGCGGUUACACAAUACACAAUUCGAAUGUUAUUUGAGCGGUUUUUAAAUUAAACAUCAACUGUUUUCAUUGAACGUUCCGCCACGCCCGCCAUUAGCAAUUUAUUUUCAAGAAAACAUUCAAAAAACAAAAAAUGAGCCUCAAAAAUAAGAUGGUUAGUUUCUACUGCCGCCAUAGGCCCUCAAAAAGCCACAUGGCUAUUGCCACCGCCUUUAUUCCUUCGGCCGGAUAUUUCGGACUGGCUAGCCUGUUGGCUUUGGUUUACUACACCGAUUGGAAGGCAAUUGCCGGUUAUAUUCCACUCUACAACACGAAAUUCCCCAAACCCGAGGGAAAGGAUUCAAAGUAAAAAGGAAUAUUCCACAUUUACUUAUACACAAAAAAACUGUCAUGGACGACCGUCUUCGUUCGUGACUGGAAACAAAUCAAAUCCAAUCACACACACACACACACACACACACACACACACACAAGCUCACAAAUGUUCAAUUCUACUCAAUACCUAUUCAAAUGUUUAUUUUAACCUUUAAAAAACACAACCGAAUGGCAAAAAAUUUUUUGCCAUCUCCAACGGCAUAACGUCCCGAGCAGGGGAUCUAACAAUUGCAAGGAUAAUUCCACACACCAAAAUCGACACACACACACACACACACACACACACACACACACACAAGCUCACAAAUGUUCACAAAUGUUCAAUUCUACUCAAUACCUAUUCAAAUGUUUAUUUUAACCUUAAAAAAACACAACCGAAUGGCAAAAAAUUUUUUGCCAUCUCCAACGGCAUAAACUCCCGAGCAGGGGAUCUAGCAAUUGCAAUUAAAAUUUCACACACCAAAAUCGACACACACACACACACAAGUUCACAAAUGUUCAAUUCUACUCAAUACCUAAAUGUUUACUUUUACCUUAAAAAAACACAAAACCGAAGAGCACAUUUUUUGCUAUGUAUCUCCAACGCCAUAACAUCCCGAAAUUUCACACACCAAAAUCGA